CUGUGUAAGGCCGGCCCGGAGCAGGCGGUGGAGAUGCUGAGGGCCCCUCGGGACCCCCUGGUGAUCCAGGUGCUGCGGAGGAGCCCUCGGUGUAAAGGCCAGGCCUCAGGCCAUGAGCUGCAGCUGGUGGACAAUGGGACCCAGACCGAGAUCAGCUUCGAGCACAUCAUGGCCCUGGGCAGGGAGCGGGCCCCAUCGCCACCCGCCAUCCAACUGGAACCAUACCCCCUGACCGAGCUGCCCCCGCUGGGGGGUGGGUUUUAUGAUCCCCACGAUUACCUGGACAGCGGGCACCACGAGGUAGACCGGACUGAGGAGCUGGAGUACGAGGAGGUGGAGUUAUACAAACAGAGUCACACGGAGAAACUGGGCCUCACAGUUUGUUACCGGACGGACGAUGAGGCUGACACUGGUAUUUAUAUCGGAGAGAUUAAUCCGAACGGGAUCGCCGCGAAAGACGGCCGGAUCAAAGCCGGAGAUCGCAUCGUUCAGAUAAAUGGGGUGGAGGUACAGAAUCGCGAGGAAGCUGUGGCCAUUCUCACCCGUGAGGAUAGUACCAACAUCUCGCUGCUCCUGGCAAGACCUGAGCUGGAGCUGGACGAAGGUUGGAUGGAAGAAACGAAUGAGGGGGCGAACGUGUCGAGUCGGGAGGAGGGGAGCGAGGGAACACCCUGCCUAGGCAAGGGCAGCCCAGCCCAACAGAGGGGUGCGGAGAGCGGGCGCGUCCUGACCAACAGCCAGGAGCUGGACAGCGGGGUGGGCAGGACGGACGACAGCGCCCGCAACGACGAGAGCUCCGAGCACGACCUCCUGGCCGACGAGCCCCUGACCCCCGCCCCUGGCGCUACCACCCCGUCCUCCCUCUCGCGGCGCCACCCUCGCCCAUGUGCCGACGCGCCCGCCCUGGACGAGUCCCUGCCUGGGUUGACCCAGGCCGAGAGCCGGCGUUACCGGGAGCUGGUGGAGCUGCGGCGCCGCCUGGAGGCCGGCGCGCGCCACGCCCCCUCUGGGGGGCGCCGGGUUCAGGGGUCACUGGCCCCCGCCCUGCGGGAGGAGAUGGGCCACCUGGAGUUCAAGUCCCGCAGCGGCGCCCGGGCGCAGAAGAUGCGGCAGCUCCGCGCCCGGUGCAUGGCUGCCUGGCUGGCAGGGGAGGGGCGCCCCCUGGAGGUAGAGCCGCCCUCCCCUCCGACCCCCCCAGGGCCGGGCGAGCCCCCUCCCCGCAGCCUGUGCGACAUCACGGAGCUUCCCGAACGCCCCGAGCCCACCACCCCCACCACCACCACCACCACCACCAGCGCCUACAACACCGGCGAGAGCUGCCGCAGCACCCCUCCCCUGGGCGAGCACCCGCCCCCCGGCCUCGGCACGGCGAGCCCCCCCACCUCCCGCAGCCUCCCCCGCCAGGCGGCGCCGGGCCAGCGGCGCCCGGAGGGCCAGAGGGCUCGUCGGGCGCCGGCCGGCAGUCCGCGCUGCUUCACCGGGCUGGAGCAGCCCGCCGCCCGGCCCGAGGUGUCCUCGCCGCCUGUCGCUGGGCACGCCGAGGGGCCCAGGGGGGACUGGAAGGGGCGGGGGAGGGCAGAGGGCGCCCGCCCGCCCGCCAAGCGCCCGGUGAGGGACCGCCUCCUCAAGGCCCGCGCCCUCAAGAUCCGCGAGGAGCGGGCGGGCAUGACCACGGACGACGACGCGGCGAGUGAGAUGAAGAUGGGCCGCUACUGGAGCAAGGGCGAGCGCAAGCAGCACCUGGCGCGAGCGCGGGAGCAUCGCCGGCGGCGGGAGCUGAUGAUGCAGAGCCGCCUGGACUGGCUGAGGGGGUCCGCCGGCGAGCACCAGGGCGGCGAGGGGGCGCUGCGCCCCGGGGCAGGGGGCGGCGCUGAGCUCAGCGUGGUCGCCCUGGGCCACCGGAAGAGCCUGCGCAAGCGCAGCCGUCGGAUCCUGGACAACUGGAUCACCAUCCAGGAGAUGCUGGCGUACGGUACCCGGGCACCGGACGGGCGAAGGGUCUACAACCCCCUCCUGUCCGUCACCACUGUCUGA